GCUUCCGGAUGCGGUGAAACGGCAGAGAAGAAGGAAAACACCGCACGUAGCUACUUGGAUUAAUUUAAAUGACAAGACGCCAUCCAUAAAUUCAGAGGAGACACCGGCACCGUCCAGGAUGGAUUCGUGGAGACACAAACAAACGUCGGAAACGGUGUAUUAACGGUGUUUUUACGUCGGAUGUCCGCGAAUGAGCGUUAUUUCUUUACUCAGUAGCCGUGUUUGUGUCUUCUUGCUAGCUUAAAGCAGUGUAGCGUUAGCUAGUACACGCAGACAAACGGCUUAUCUCCUGUAAAAUAUGACUUGUCGUUAUUCUUGAUAGUUAUAUUACUCAUCCGUGUAGGAAGGAGUCGUGCUGUGCGUGUUUGAUUGCCAUUGAAAAGCGUCAAGAAUUAGUUUUUGUCACUUUGAAGGACACAUUGGAAAACGCUCGUUUCUUCCUAACUGUCAAAAACAAAGUACCAAAGUUUCGUUUUCCUAAAAUAUCCACGUCACGUUUGGGGGAAAAACGACAUUGUAUCUGGCGUCACACGUCAACAUCUCAAAAGUGGAUAAAAUGGAUGUGAUCUGGACUUCAGUCACGACACAAACAACUCAGCAGAUACUUUGUAAAUAACACUUUCCUGUCAGCCGGUAGGCUCGACUACUAUUUGUUCUUCCUUCUGCUGACAGGACACUUUACAAACCGUAUCCUGUGUUUGAGUUUGACUUAAGUGGAGGAAGUCUUCCCUAUAUUUUUGACUUUAACUUGGACUAAGCUCUUCAGCUCAACAGCACAGUGCUCCUCUUGUCCACCUCCUGCACAGCGAAUGAUGAAUGGCCUCUCUCUCAGCGAGCUCUGCUGCCUGUUCUGCUGCCCGCCCUGCCCCAGCCGCAUCGCGGCUAAGCUCGCCUUCCUGCCCCCCGAACCCACGUACGCCUUUCUUCCAGACCCGGAGUCAGGCCCUGAUGCACCGGCGGAGACGGGGACAUCCAGCCUGCGGGCGCGGAGCGGUGCAUCAGUUGCUGGAAGCGGAGGGGCUGGAACUGUGGAGGGGAAGUGGAAGCUCCACCUGACGGAGCGAGCAGAGUUCCAGUACUCGCAGAGAGAGCUGGACACGACGGAGGUGUUCCUCACACGAUCCAGCCGAGGGAACAGAGUCGGCUGCAUGUACAUUCGCUGUGUUCCGAAUGCCAGAUUCACGGUGCUCUUCUCCCACGGUAACGCGGUCGACCUGGGUCAGAUGAGCAGCUUCUACAUCGGCCUGGGCACUCGCAUCAACUGCAACAUCUUUUCCUACGACUACUCAGGCUACGGGGUCAGCACCGGCAAGCCCUCUGAGAAGAACCUCUACGCAGACAUAGAUGCUGCCUGGCACGCCCUGCGCACGCGGUACGGCAUCAGCCCAGAGAACAUUAUCCUGUAUGGGCAGAGCAUCGGUACCGUUCCCACCGUGGACCUGGCGUCCCGGUACGAGUGUGCUGCCGUGGUUCUUCACUCGCCUCUGACGUCUGGCAUGAGAGUGGCCUUCCCCGACACAAAGAAAACAUAUUGCUUUGACGCGUUCCCCAACAUCGAGAAAGUGUCCAAAAUCACGUCCCCGGUGCUCAUCAUCCACGGGACGGAGGACGAGGUUAUCGACUUCUCCCACGGCCUGGCUCUGUUCGAGCGCUGCCCCAAGGCCGUGGAGCCUCUCUGGGUGGAGGGAGCGGGACACAACGACAUUGAAUUGUACAGCCAGUAUCUGGAGCGCCUGCGCCGCUUCAUAGGGCAGGAGCUGGCAGCGCAGCACGCCUGACCAUCGCCGCCGGGAUCAUCAUCAUCAUCAACCUCAUCAUUACCAUUUUACUGUGUCCAAGAGUCGUCUAAACGUCCGUCGGCUUACCGCGGCUUCCAGCUGCUGCCGUUCUUCACGUACUGUAGUGCUUCGUUUCCAGGGAACAGCGCGCGCCUUUCAUAGACCUUGGUUUGACGACACGGAGAAAAAGAAAUGUGUUCAGAGCAUCAGAACGCGCGUGAGUGUGAAAGACUUUUUUAGCAGUUACUUUAACAGCACAGCUGCCAUGUGUUGCGUGGCGGCAGAUAUAUUCCUAUACUGUGCAAUGAUAGGGCCACAGCGUAACAAACUGAUUCAACAGAACAAACUGAUAAGUAAUCAUGUAGAUCAACGUCUUCGUGGUCCACAUGGAGAAUGUCCAUCAAUUAGAGUUUGUGUGUCGCUUUAUUUUUUUGCUGUUAAACGGAUAAUUGGUGAAUCACGGGCAACACGGAAAGAACUCUUAAAGUGCUUGUGACAUAUAGAUUUCUUUUGUUUUCUAAUCAUCUUAUUAGAAUAGCAAACAGGUUUGUACCUAAGUUCUCUCCAGGUUUUAUUAGUAACCCCCCCUGUACAAUCUAAUGCAAUCCAGAAAAGCCCUGCGAUGAGGGUGGAUUUAGCCACGUCGUCAUUUUGUAGUUAUUGGUUGCGUUGGACUGCAUUACAUUGAACGGUGCUUCUAAUAUCCUCUCGCCUCGUGCAUGUAACGAGUACAUGCACGAGGCGAGAGGAUAUUAGAAGCACCGUUCAAUAUAUGCAUAGACAUGAAUUAAUUUUAAUAUCUGUUCUUCACUGUACUGAACAUUUGUCUCAGGUAACCCUCUGUUAGACAUUAGUGUAAGCGUGCUCCACAUUAUGUUUGUGUCUGUUUGGUUUGGUUUAUUAUCUCCGCAUCCUUCCAGCUAAGAUUUCUGCAAAACGCGUUCAUCCUGCAAACUAGGAUCCAAAAAUGGAGGUGCAGACCAAAUUGCGAGUUUGGUGAGACGCUUACUUUUACUGCCCUGCCCCGCGUCUUUAUCUUGGUUCAAGAGAAGCUCAAGAGAAAGAAAAAUACCUCCAUCUCCUUCAUUUAGUGGAAGUCUGAGAGUCUGUUCGUCCUUUUUCUUUAGUCUUGUCCGUCUUGUUUAUGUCUCUCACCAGUAGCUCGCAGCUGUCCGCAAACUUCCUGUUUCCCUCGGUGUCUGGAACAGAGACACUAAAAAUGAAUUGAUGUCUGACGGCCAUCUUACUCAUUUGCACUCCCAUGUUCAGCGGCUACUUUGUCACUCGAAGAAUGAAUUCAAACUUCACUUUGGAAACGAGCCUUUUCUCAUUUUAAUGAUUUGAGUUUCACAGUCUGAAGUCUAAACAACGUUGACCUCUCUCGUACAGAUGAGCGCAGGACGUUUCAUUAUCACAGUAACGUGGUUCUUUAUUCGUCGUACGGCUUUGAGAACUAGAAAUCUUACAGGUCGACAACGUUUCGGCACAUUCAUUGUCCAACACGAGGACAAUACUCUCCCACUAUUCUGUGCUACAGGUACAAACGUAGAGAGAAGAAGUCUCUUAUCUUCGAUUAACAGUCUUUACAAGAACUGCCUAUAACAUCCAUCUGUAUGUUUACGCAUACACUUUUCAUACUUACUUAUUUUAGACAUAACUCUUUGGUGACACUUUUGGUUUUACAGAGUACACGAGUGGUACAGUACCUUUUCUAGCUGCUGCUGAGACUUUUGUAACCAUUGUAAACUGUGUCGAGCACGCUGUAUUGCCCUUGUGAUUGCUCUUUUUGCUCUGAUUAUUUAGGGAAAUUGUCCUGUUUUUGCUGCAAAGGCCAUCUUUUUGUUGUGACAAUAUUUUAAUCAGUAUGCAAAAGCUGAUUCAAGAUUACAUCAACCCUUUUUUCUUUCUUUUUACUGCUUGUUUUAGAUUCACUGCACCCCAUCGUGACGAAAUGAGUUUGUGCUCUCACUGAUGUUCUGUUUUAUAAGCAGACACGAGGUCUGAAGCGUUCAUAUUAAAGGUGCAACACUCGCCGAGCUGCGGACGUUUGAAGCGGAAAUUAGAAUCUAUGACGAAUGUAAAUAUACGGCAAAACAAUUGGAAUUAACAAAGUGUUUCUGAACCUUAGUCGUCGAGUGUUGCACCUUGCGCCAAGAUUAUGACUUUGUUUUUGAAGAGGAGUCAGGAUUUUCGGGUUUUCUUGUGUGUAUGUAUCAAAGUGUAAUUUUUUUUAAGUCUUUACCCAGUGUACCUGCUGUUUAUGUCGAUAUCUUCGUAACCAAAGGCUAAAAAGUUCUUUUUAUUAACUUUUUAUUUAUCUAUUUCCACUACAUUGUACAUUUGGAUACAAUUUUAAAUGUGACCAUUUGUAAGAUUUUUAAAUAAUUAUGUUUUCUCGUCAUAUUUGGUUUAAAAAAUAUUCAGCAACAAAGUUUGAACAGCGUAUAUUACCAAGUUGUGGGUGUUGUGCUCUUUUCUUUCUUUCUCCAAGCUGUUUAUAAUUAAUCAUCUGUGAAGGAGUACAACUGAACAAUACAGCAAAGCUGUGAGUUUGGAUAUGUUUAGGUAAAAAACAUGGGACGAUAAAGCUCGAUGAUGGAGAAGCUUCAAGCAGACGAACAAAAAGCUUUUUGUUUGAAAUGAAAACUGUCUUUUAUUCAAAUGUUUGGAUUUCUGGUGUAACACGUGGGUAUCAUUUUAUUAUUCAUUAUUCAUUUUUAGUUGUUGAUUGUCUUUUUUUUUUCCCAAGAAUUGAAGAGAAUAAGAAGUUAAUAAAACAUAAUCAGAAAUGGAUAAUUAA